AUUUAUUUAUUUAACUGAUUUGAUUUUUGUUUCGAUUUCACUUUCCCCUUCUAUCUGUAAUCGAAUCACUUUCUUCUUCCUCUGCAGAUCCCUAACAUAUCUUUUUUUAUCUGUUUCAAGUUUCAAACCUUCUUCUGAAGAAAAAUUUAUAGAUAAUUUUUUCGGCAUCACUCAAAAACCCCAACGACCGUGCAGAUUUCCUAAGACCUGUUGUUCUGUUCAGUGCGUUGCGACGAUCGGCGAUUGGUUUGUUUUCACCCCUUUUCCUGUUUUUGGGUUAAGGGAAUGAGAAUUGGAGUAUGAACGAUAAUACUGCGUCGCCGAGCGCGCGCAGAGGCCGGAGAGGAAAGCAAAACAACGACGAUAAAAAGGCUACCAACUAUAAUAUUGAAAAUCGGAAUCAGGAGAACAAGAAAAUAAAUCGGUCUCCUGAGGGAAACGCGGGAAUCGCCACUCGGACAAGGAGGAGAGUAGCUGAAGCAGCCCUUGUGGGGGCCAUUGAUGAGAAGAUAGCUGCUGCUCCCAAUUCAGCAGCAGCAGUAGCGGAGGCUCAGGCGCCUGUAGUCGAGGAAUUGGGUGAAGGAAAGCAGGGUUUAGAGGAGAGGGUAGCGGUUGAGGAAGGAGAGAGGGAGAUGGAUGAUUAUGACAGUGGCGGAGGCAAAAGCCCGACGAAGGCGAAUGGUGGCGGUGAGGAUGAAUCGCCGGCGCCUCUACCUGACAAAGUGCAAGUUGGUGGUUCACCGAUGUACAAAAUUGAUAGGAAACUCGGGAAGGGAGGUUUCGGACAAGUGUACGUUGGUCGCCGUAUCACUGGUGGUAGCACUAGUGAGAGGACUGGUCCAGGAGCGUUCGAGGUGGCUCUGAAAUUUGAACACCGUAAUAGCAAAGGUUGUAAUUAUGGCCCACCUUAUGAGUGGCAAGUUUACAACACGCUGGGAGGAAGUCAUGGCGUACCACGAGUGCACUACAAAGGCCGACAAGGCGAUUACUAUGUGAUGUUACUGAGUGGGCCUCUGAAUUCACAGGUCAUGGAUAUGCUUGGACCGAGCUUAUGGGAUGUUUGGAAUAAUGAUGCCCAUUCGAUGUCUGUCAAAAUGGUGGCUUGUAUUGCAAUUGAAGCAAUUUCUAUAUUAGAGAAGAUGCACUCAAGAGGGUAUGUUCAUGGGGAUGUGAAGCCUGAGAAUUUUUUGCUCGGGUCACCAGGGUCCCCUGACGAGAAGAAGCUGUUUUUGGUUGAUCUCGGUUUAGCCACAAGAUGGAGGGAUGGCACUACUGGGCUACACGUUGACUAUGAUCAAAGACCAGAUGUUUUCAGGGGAACUAUUCGCUAUGCCAGUGUGCAUGCUCAUUUAGGCAGAACUGGUAGCAGGAGAGAUGAUUUAGAAUCCCUUGCUUAUACACUUAUUUUCCUUUUGCGUGGACGCCUGCCUUGGCAAGGAUACCAGGGUGAAAACAAAGGAUUUCUCGUCUGCAAGAAGAAAAUGGCAACAUCACCCGGGGGACUUUGCUGCUUCUGCCCACAACCUUUUAAGUCUUUUGUUGAAGACGUGGUGAAUCUGCAGUUUGACGAGGAGCCUAAUUAUUCUAAGUAUAUCUCCUUCUUUGAUGGGAUAGUUGGACCAAAUCAAGAUAGCAUCAACACUGAGGGUGCACAGAAGCUUAUCUAUGAGGUUGGUCACAAGAGAGACCGUCUGAUUCUUGAGGAUGAUGAUGAUGAUGAUGAUGAACAACCUAAGAAGAAGGUUCGGAUGGGAAUACCUGCCACCCAGUGGAUUAGCAUUUAUAAUGCUCGAAAACCGAUAAAGCAAAGAUAUCACUAUAAUGUGACGGAUGCGAGACUUUCCCAACACAUUGAUAAAGGAACUGAAGAUGGUUUGUUCAUAAGUUGUGUGGCAUCUUGCCAAAAUGUUUGGGCGCUAAUAAUGGAUGCCGGAACUGGCUUCACAGGGCAAGUUUAUGAGCUGUCACCUUCCUUUCUUCACAAGGAAUGGAUAAUGGAACAGUGGGAAAAUAAUUAUUACAUCAGUGCUGUUGGAGGAGCCGCAAAUGGCAGUUCAUUAGUUGUAAUGUCGAAAGGCACACAGUACGCCCAGCAGUCUUACAAAGUGAGCGACUCAUUCCCAUUCAAGUGGAUAAACAAAAAAUGGAAAGAAGGUUUCUAUGUGACCUCCAUGGCAACAUCAAGGUCAAGAUGGGCUGUUGUCAUGUCCCGUACAGCUGGCUUUUCUGACCAGGUAGUGGAACUGGAUUUUCUUUACCCAAGCGAAGGAAUCCAUAGACGGUGGGACAAAGGGUACCGCAUAACGGCUACUGCAGCAACUAAUGAUCAGGCUGCUUUUGUUUUGAGUGUGCCCAGAAAAAAACCAGUGGACGAAACACAGGAGACUCUACGAGAAGUGGGCAAAGAAUCUAUACCUUGCGUCUGUUUGCUUUGGUCGUACAGUUUCUUAGGGCUCUUGCCGGCUCGUAACUUCCAGAAUCUUCUUAGUAUAUACGAUACAGAACUUUCCAUUCCAUUCGGAAACUUAUUCGAAGAGGGUUAUAAGAGCACAGCCAAAACACCAGCUAAAGCACCAUCUGGUCAACUUUUAAAGACUAUUAAGACCGGCUUUUGGUCUUCAAUUUCUGAAGCCACAGAUUUUGCCGGCCUGCAACACAGCUUGUCUAGCGAAAGCUUGCCCUGUAUUGAAGAUAUAGAACGGUAA